GACAAUCCCACACCCAACUCCCGCCUCCUGCAGGCGUCAAGUUUGGCAGACUGGCAAGCUCUAGUUUGUAAAGGGGCUAUAGCUGAAUGUGCAGCGAAGACUCCCAAGUCUUAACUGCGCUCUUUUUUUUUUAUUAAAUCCGUCACUCAGAGACCCCCAGGAUGGAUAUGAAGAAGAGGAUUCAUCUGGAAUUGCGCAACCGGACGCCGUCGGACGUGAAAGAACUUGUGCUCGACAACUGUCGGUCAAAUGAAGGCAAAAUCGAAGGCCUUACAGACGAGUUUGAGGAGCUGGAGUUUCUAAGCACAAUAAACGUCGGCUUAACUUCAGUCGCCAACUUGCCUAAGCUUAACAAACUUAAAAAGCUCGAGCUUAGCGAUAACAGAAUCUCGGGUGGUUUGGAGGUACUGGCAGAGAAAUGUCCCAAUCUCACCCAUCUCAACCUCAGCGGCAACAAGAUCAAAGAUCUCAGCACCAUCGAACCCCUGAAAAAAUUGGAAAGCCUCAAAAGUUUAGACCUGUUCAACUGCGAGGUGACAAACUUGAACGACUACAGAGAAAACGUCUUUAAGCUGCUGCCUCAGUUGACAUAUCUCGAUGGCUAUGACAAAGAGGAUAAAGAGGCACCUGACUCUGACGCAGAGGCCUAUGUUGAGGGAUAUGAUGAAGAUGAAGAUGAUGAAGUAGACGAGGAGGAGUACGAUGAAGAUGCAGCUCCAGGAGAGGAAGAUGAAGAAGAAGGAGAUGAGGAAGAUGAGGAGGAAGGGGAAGAAGAAGAGGAGGAAGAUGUCAGUGGAGAGGAGGAGGAGGAAGAAGACUUAAAUGAUGGGGAAGUUGAUGAUGAGGAUGACUUCGCUGCAGAGGAGGAGCGGGGACAGAAGAGGAAAAGGGAGUUGGAUGAAGAAGGAGAGGAGGAUGAUGACUGAACAUGCACUCUUGGGUUCCCUUUGUGAUCUGACUGUUUUAACCCUCUGUUUCUAUGUCCUAAUGUAAUUUUGCGGUGGUUUGGGGAGGUAUGCAAAUGGUAGGGGUGGGUUAGUAGAUAUAUGAGGACACAGUUUAAAUAUUAGUUUUUUUUUUUGUUUGUUUUAUUAUUAUUAUUAUUAUUAUUUUUUUAAAACCUUUGUUUGACCCCAUUCUUUUUCUCUUAAACCUCUACAGACGGCUGGCAACACAGUAGUGGAAAUUUCCUAUUGUCCGAAACAAAACUGAGUUUCCUCUUUGUAAUUUUUUUUCUCUUUUUUGUUGAUGCCUAUACAGAUUGCUGGGUAUGACUUAUGUAUUUAAAUGACAAAAAAAUACCAAAAACCUUUUAAAAACAGCAUGUCUGGCUCUAUUUUAAAUUUGACUACUGGAUUUCAAGAGGGUUUUCUUACCCACCUUUUUUUAAAAAUCACACUUUUUUUUUGUUUUUUGUUUGUGUACAUUUGCGUCUCUUUCGUGUUCUCGUCAUCAUGUGACGUGCUGUUCAGGUGCACAGGAGGUAUCGGAACCUGCACAGUACAACCUCUCAAUGUGAUUAUUUUUAUUUUAUUAUUAUUUUUUAAAAAAUGUUUAGAACUGAAUGUCUGCCCUUGUCAAAUGACUCCUAGAAACCCUUUCUCCUUCUUGCGUGGAUAGUUCAGAGGUCUCGUGUUCUUUGUAAAUAAUGACCAAAUAUAUUUUUUUCUAUUCCCUUUGAUAACGGCAGACAUUUUUCACCAUUAAUCUCAGUUGUAACAGUUAACUGUAAUAAAACGAAUGAAAACA